UGAUGACUAUUUACUAUGGAAGUUGAGUAAACAAUCGCAAGCGCCUGACUCAAUGAUGGAGGGAAUGCAACCCCCUCAGAUAUAUGUGGAAAGAACUCUAGCAAUUAUUAAACCGGACGCGAUUUCUAAGGAAAAAGAAAUUGAAGAGUUUAUCCUCUCUAAAGGCUUUAGUAUUAUUCAGAAGCGCAAAGUGAAGUUAUCACCAGAACAAGCAAGCGAAUUAUACUCAGAGCAUUUUGGCAAAAUAUUCUUCUCUUCUCUUGUAACCUUCAUGAGCAGCGGCCCAAUCGUUGCACUUGUGAUGGCUAAGGAAAAUGCAAUCUCAUACUGGAGGGAGUUAAUUGGCCCAACUAAUUCCAUAAAGGCGAAGACUGUAGCACCUGAGAGGCAUUUUUAUUUUUUAUUUAACUUUGUAUACAGUCUAAGAGCAAAAUACGGAACUGACGACCAGCAAAACGCUCUACACGGAAGUGAUAGCUUUUCAUCUGCCGAAAGAGAGAUCCGCUAUUUCUUCCCUGACACUAUAAUCGAACCCAUACCAAUACGCUUCGCCGCAAAAGACUAUCUUGCAAGAAACGUCAAUCCCACACUUUUAAAAGGCCUUACUGAAGUUUGUAAAAACAAGCCAAAGGACCCAAUCCUUUGGCUAGCUGACUGGCUCAUGGAAAAUAAUCCGAACAGACCACAUAUAAAUGAACAACCGAGGGUCAACUCGCCAUGCUAG